CCUCCUCCUCCUCUUCUUCUUCUUCUUCUUGUUGCUCACCGUUGCUAUACAUAAAUUUUGACAAAAAUGUCAUUGCCUUGCGUACAACCGCCUAAACAACCAAAUGUCAUCACCUGCAAAGCUGCGGUGGCGUGGGGACCCGGGAAGCCUUUGGUGAUAGAGGAAGUGGAUGUGAGUCCACCUCAGCCAUCCGAGAUAAGGAUCAGAAUUGUCUGCACCUCUCUCUGUCGCAGUGACCUCACUGCCUGGGAAUCCCAGGCUAUCUUUCCGCGGAUAUUCGGCCAUGAAGCAACAGGGAUCGUUGAGAGUGUUGGCGAGGGAGUGACUGAAUUUACAGAAGGGGACCAUGUGCUAACAGUCUUCACUGGAGAAUGUGGAACAUGCAGGCAAUGUGUAUCGGGUAAAAGCAACUUAUGCCAAGUACUGGGCCUAGAACGGAGAGGUGUAAUGCAUAGUGAUCAGGGGACACGGUUCGCCAUAAAUGGGAAACCGGUAUAUCAUUAUUGUGCAGUUUCGAGUUUCAGUGAGUAUACUGUCGUGCACUCUGGAUGUGCAGUCAAAAUAAACCCAAUUGUGCCUCUGGACAAAGUAUGCCUUCUCAGUUGUGGAGUAGCUGCAGGCUUGGGUGCAGCUUGGAAUGUUGCUAGGAUAUCUAAUGGAUCAAGUGUGGUGAUAUUUGGUCUUGGAACCGUAGGCCUUUCUGUUGCACAGGGUGCUAAGCUUAGGGGAGCAUCAGCAAUAAUUGGUGUCGACACUAAUCCUGAAAAGGAAGAAAAAGCAAAAGCUUUUGGAAUUACUGAGUUUAUUAACCCAAAUGACAGUAAAGAACCAGUUCAACAGGUUAUUAAGGAUCUCACAGGUGGAGGGGCAGAUUACGCAUUUGAAUGUAUAGGUGACACAGGAACGGUAACUACUGCACUGCAGGCUUGUUGCGAUGGAUGGGGAUUGACUGUGACACUUGGUGUGCCAAAAGUAAAGCCACAAGUAUCUGCUCAUUAUGGAAUAUUUCUUACUGGAAGAACAUUGAAAGGGUCUCUUUUUGGAGGAUGGAAACCUAAAUCUGAUCUCCCUUCAUUAGUUGACAUGUACAUGAAAAAGGAAAUCCAAGUUGAUGAGUACAUAACACAUAACCUGUCAUUUAGAGAUAUCAACAAAGCUUUUGAUCUGAUGAGAGAAGGGAAGUGUUUGCGCUGUGUUAUGCACAUGGAAAAGUAGUUUCUCUUGUUAUUACUCUCCGUUAGAGCGACAUAUCAGGAGUUCUCAUUAAGUUACAACUGGAAGUGUGUUCAUGUAGACUAUCUGUAAUCAAUUGAUUUUGAGGGUUCAAGAAAAAAUAAAUAAAAGACCAACUUCAUUUGAGGGUUUUAGUCCUGGUCUGCUGUUUAAACUUUAAAGUUUAGGGAUCUCUGUCUUUAUUGCAGACUGCUGUUUAGAGUUUAGACUUCAUUGCAAUACUUCAUUUAUUCUUUAGAUCUCACGCACAAUGACAUUUCUUUGUGAACGGGAAUGAU